UAUUGCUGCUGCUGCACGCGAUGGCGGGCUCCCUGCGACUUGCAGGCUCGCUCUGCAGAGCCGCGGCCUCGGGGCCGGCCUCCAGCUUCCUCUCGGGCUCCAGCUCCCUUCCACCACCGCGGCGCCACUAUGCCAACAAACGAAUUAAGGUGGCAAAGCCUGUGGUGGAGAUGGAUGGGGACGAGAUGACCCGUAUCAUCUGGCAAUUCAUCAAGGAGAAGCUCAUCUUGACUCAUGUGGACGUGGAACUCAAGUACUUUGACCUGGGGCUACCCAACCGCGACCUCACCAAUGAUCAAGUCACUAUCGACUCAGCCCUGGCCACCCAGAAGUACAAUGUGGCUGUCAAGUGUGCCACCAUCACCCCUGAUGAAGCCCGAGUGGAAGAGUUUAAGCUGAAGAAGAUGUGGAAGAGCCCCAAUGGAACCAUCCGGAACAUUCUGGGUGGCACCGUCUUCCGUGAGCCCAUCAUCUGCAAGAAUAUCCCGCGCCUGGUGCCCGGCUGGACCAAGCCUAUCACCAUAGGCAGACAUGCCCAUGGCGACCAGUACAAAUCCACGGACUUCGUGGUGGACCGGGCAGGCGCCUUCAAGAUGGUCUUCACACCCAAAGACGGCAGCACGCCCACCGAAUGGGCCGUGUACGACUUCCCGGCAGGCGGUGUCGGCAUGGGCAUGUACAACACGGACGAGUCUAUCUCAGGUUUUGCUCACAGCUGCUUCCAGUACGCUCUGGGCAAGCAGUGGCCCCUCUACCUGAGCACCAAGAAUACCAUCCUGAAGGCCUACGAUGGUCGCUUUAAGGACAUCUUCCAGGAAAUCUUUGAGAAGCACUAUAAGGUGGACUUUGACAAGAAUAAGAUCUGGUAUGAGCACCGGCUCAUCGAUGACAUGGUGGCCCAGGUUCUCAAGUCCACUGGUGGCUUUGUGUGGGCUUGCAAGAACUACGAUGGGGACGUGCAGUCAGACAUCCUGGCCCAGGGCUUUGGCUCCCUGGGCCUGAUGACCUCCGUGCUGGUGUGCCCGGAUGGAAAGACCAUCGAGGCUGAGGCUGCCCAUGGCACUGUGACACGCCACUACCGUGAGUACCAAAAGGGCCGGCCUACCAGCACUAACCCCAUUGCCAGCAUUUUUGCCUGGACAAGGGGCCUGGAACACCGGGGAAAGCUGGAUGGGAACCAGGAGCUGGUGAGGUUUGCCCAGACCCUGGAGAAGGUGUGUGUGGACACCGUGGAGAGUGGAGCCAUGACAAAGGACCUGGCAGGCUGCAUCCAUGGCCUUAGCAAUGUGAAACUCAAUGAGCACUUCCUCAAUACCUCGGAUUUCUUGGACACCAUCCAGAGCAACCUGCACACAGCCCUCGGCCGCCAGUAGCGAGGCAGCACAGGACGGUGCCUCCUGACCUUUUCAGGGACCUGAGCUGCAGAUGGUGGGAGGCUUAUGGGCAGGGUCUCUUGUGCCUGUCUUCUGUCGCCCAGAACCAUGGAGUGCCUAUUUGCCAUUUAACCGUGUACCACAUCUGUCCCUGCCGGAAUGUGGCAGACUCCCAGGAGAUGCUGCCCCAGGCACAGUGAGGAGGGGAACAGCAGCACGAACCCCUUGGUUAUAUCAGCGUGCCAUACCAAGGGCCGGGGAAUCUCUUCCUCUGGGAUUACUUAUUUUUCUACAGAUUGGGCUGGGUUUUUACUGGCAUUUUUU